AUGCAGGACAUUCCAAUGAAGAUGUCGCCGACAGCUUGCGAGCAUUGUCGCUGCCAGAAGAUACGAUGCUCAAGAACUAUACCGAUAUGUUCGCGAUGUUCUCGUCGCCAGUUUCACUGCCACUAUCCUGAGCCGCCUCGUCGAAGACUUGUCGCCUCCACCAAGCAAAAUCUCGACGAGGUGAAGAACCGAAGCACUUGCGUCGAAAGUGGUACAGUCGAUGCUAGAGACGAGUACACCGUCGAAAUCACCGCCGAAAGAAGUCUCCCUUCUACGAUCUUUUCGCCUCCACAGACCGAGCAUAGUGUGAGGCACCUGGUAGAAGCUGCCAGCUUUAAUGGGAAGCCACUAGGGCGCUCUACCCCAAGGCAUGCGACGCAUGCGGUGUGCAGUCUACUUCCAGACCAUGAAGUGGGCUUGGCCAUGAUCGAGAUAUUCCUCACCCGCCACUUCCCGGCUUCGCUGAUCUUUCAACGAGAGCUGCUCAUUGAAGACUACCGGGCGGGUAAUGUUUCUGACCACGUCUUGCUAAGUAUUUUGGCGGUGGUAUCUCUCUUACUCAAAGGUCAUCCGCACAAUAGCAUCGGCGCUACUGCUUCCAUAACUCUUCGCGAUGAUCAAGGACGAUUAUGGGCUGAAGAAGCGAGCAGGCUGACUUUGUCUACCGCCGACCGACCCUCACUUGACACUAUCCGGGCCAGCGAGGUAUUAGGGUUCUAUUGGUGGGCUGUUGGGGAGACUGAAAGGUCAGCAUUCUACCUGAGUGUGACCCGUCACUCGCUACGUAUGAUGAAGAAAAGAGUGCUCUCACGCAGUAGCACUGAUCCCACUGAGUUGAAGAGUCUCCGAUGUUUUCACAGGCUGCGUCAGGCCUGUUGGAUUAAGGCCAGCUUGCAUGACGAAGCAAGAUGUUCAGAGUCUUUCCCCCUUUUCCUCACGCCGCAACAUGGAGGGAUUGAAGCGUAUCUGGAGGAGCUAAGUGCCAUCGACGAAACCCUGGCGCCAAAUGUUGAUCCAAAUGACUGGUUCACUUGGGAUGAGGUGAUGGGCCGAAAUUGCGCCUCCUUAUGUGUACGCGCGUUCGUUCUGUGGGGUGCAAUACGGGAUCUAGUUCGACAACAAUGGUACGGUGCCACUACCGGCUAUAUGACGACACUGUUCGAGCAUGACCGCAGAUUGGAGGAUUUUUACAGCAGCGUACCAACGGAAUUGAAGGCACGCAAUUCCGUGAUCAGUUGCCAGCCGGAAAGACUGCGAAGGAACAUGUUCUUCGUCAACUCGAUCUACCAUCUCUGUAUGAUCUUCCUCCAUUCGUCGGCUGUUCCAGGCCUCUCAGGCAAAGGUGCGAAGAUUCAAAUGUCUAGCACACUCAGCCAGACAUGUGCUCGAACCGCGCUCCUCAAUGCAAAUCUGUUUGCUAAAAUGGCGCGCGAGUUCUUGUGCACGGCGCCAGACUUUUCGAAAGUUCCCACUUUUAUCGGAUAUUGUGCCUUUAUCGCGGGCUCAGUACACGCCUUCAUGUUGAGUGCUGAUCCUCGCCCAUCGAGCAAUCCACACUGGGCAAGAAGCCUUGUUUCUUUGCAUCUACUUCAAGGGCUGGGGCACUACUUCCCAGUAAUCUUAGUCUUUUGGAGAGAUCUGCGGGCGCAGUUGGAGGCCAUAUCUGGUAAACAGCUGUGCAUCACAGACAACGCAAUGAGAACUAUCAUUCAUAGGACGGACUCUAAGGCCGUCGAAGAGGAGGAUGUUUCUGCCAUCAACAAGAGCCUUGCCGAGUUGGCAAAGCACAGACAAGGAGUCUCCCGGCUCCGUCCUUACGCUGUGACACCGAGUACCGACGAUUUCGAGGAUCAAGAUCAGAUGAGGCAUGGGAAAACAGUCCAGCAGGAGUAUCGGCAUCUUGUUGAAGAUCAUCCGGCGCUUUCGCAUCCGGAAACCCCUUUCGCAACAAUUCAACAUGACUUCAAUGCUGUGGAAGCGGACACGGAUCAGCGGCUCGAGACUCCAUUUAUUAAUGAUGCGUAUGGGUCCCCGACAUUGUCCUUGCCUUAUACGGCUCUGCAUCUGGAUGACGAGCAGAUGGAAGACCUGUUUUCAGAAACGCUCCAGUCCACUGCCGGUUUGACCGCGGCGGACUUGUUCGGCCUACCUGGACUGUUUUGA